AUGGAGUCAAUAUUUACCAUCUUCCAUGUGGUAAUGGCCAUUAUCAAUUCAUAUACUGCAGAAGAAACUGCUUGCAGUCUGCAUGGAGAGCCUGCAUACCCACAACUAUGGAAGGAUGGUGAUAUCUUAGUUGGAGGAAUUUUCCCAUUCCAUUUUACGUGGGAGAAGACAGACUUGUCUUAUAUAGUUAUGCCACCAACAAUGAAGUGCAUGAGUAUUGGAUUCAGGGCCUUCCAGUAUUCACAGACCUUGAUUUAUGCAAUAGAGGAAAUCAACAACAGUUCAUCUUUACUUCCUGGGGUCUCACUGGGCUACAAAAUCUAUGAUACCUGUGGUUCUGCAGCACAGGGAGUUAAAGUAGCGAUGGCAUUUGUGAAUGGAAAUAAGAACUCCACUUUAGAUCAGAUCUGCACAAAGCCAGCCCAGGUACAGGCCAUAAUAGGAGAGACAUAUUCAUCAGUGUCCAUGGCUAUAGCGAAGAGUAUUGGACCUUUCAGCAUCCCCUUAAUAAGUUACUAUUCUACCUGUGAAUGUCUCAGUGAUAAAAGGAAAUAUCCCUCAUUUCUGCGCACUAUUCCCAGUGAUUAUUACCAGACCAUAGCACUUGCAGAGAUGGUCAAGCACUUUGGUUGGACCUGGGUAGGAGCAAUAAGAAGAGAUGAUGACUAUGGUAACAGUGGGAUGGCUGCAUUUAUUAAAAUUGCAGAACAACUGGGUAUAUGCUUGGAAUAUUCACUUCCAUUUUUUCGAACAUAUUCCCAAGAAAAAAUCUUGAGAAUCGUUGAGCAAAUCAAAAGCUCUACAUCUCGAGUGAUACUAGGAUUUGUCACUCCCAGGGAAUUUGAGAUUUUGCUUCAUGUAUUUUUUGAAUACAACAUCACUGGAUAUCAGUGGGUGGGAACUGAGGGGUGGAUUGCUGAUCCAGUGGCAGCCACACUGGAUAAAUACAAUAUAUUGCAAGGAGCCAUAGGGCUAGCUAUUCCCAAAACAACAGUAACAGGUCUGAAGGAUUUCAUUCUAGAUGUAAAACCACUGAAAUCAGUAGGCAGUGCCAUUUUUACAAAAUUCUGGGAGGCUUUGUUUACUUGUGCAUAUAGAGGACAGAAUAAUUCAGGAGAUAUACCUGUGUGCACAGGUGAAGAAAAACUGUCUGAUGUGAAAAACACAUUCACUGAUAUGUCCAUGAUGCCAAUUUUCAGUAAUGUGUAUAAGGCAGUAUAUGCCAUUGCCCAUACACUCCAUGAACUUCUUGGCUGCAAACAAACAUGCCCUACAAACAAGCAGCCUGAUCCUUUCACGUUUCUACAACACCUGAAAAAAGUGCAUUUUAAGACAAAAGAAGGUGAAUAUGUUUACUUUGAUGAAAAUGGUGAUCCCCCAGCAAAAUAUGAAAUAAUAAACUGGCAAAAAACUAAAGAACAUCAGUAUGAAUUUGUCACUGUUGGACUUUAUGACUCCUCUGUUCCUGCUCAGAAUCGAUUAGCAGUAAACAUGGCCUCGAUUGUCUGGGCAAAAAAUAGAAAUCAAGUACCAAAAUCUGUAUGUAGUGAUAGUUGCCCCCCUGGCACAAGGAAAGCUGUGCAGAAAGGAAAGCCGAUCUGCUGUUUUGACUGCAUACCAUGUGCUGCUGGAGAAAUCAGUAAUAUGUCAGAUUCAGUUGAAUGUGAACAAUGCGAGCAAGAUUACUGGUCAAAUGCAAUCAAGAAUAAAUGUGUAAAGAAGGAAAUUGAAUAUUUGUCCUAUAAGGAAACUAUGGGAAUUUUACUAACAGUGGUUUCUAUUGUUGGUUCAUUUAUGACAAUACUAACAGCAAUCAUAUUUUUUAAAUAUAAAAAUACACCUAUAGUCAAAGCCAACAACUCUGAGCUCAGCUUCCUUCUGCUCUUCUCACUGGCUCUCUGUUUCCUUUGUUCACUUACUUUUAUUGGGCAGCCUUCUGAGUGGUCCUGUAUGCUGCGCCACACAGCAUUUGGGAUCACCUUCGUACUCUGCAUAUCCUGUGUACUGGGGAAAACAAUAGUGGUAUUAAUGGCCUUCAGGGCUACACUUCCAGGGAGCAAUGUCAUGAAAUGGUUUGGGCUUCCACAACAGAGACUCAGUGUUCUUGUCUUCACUCUUAUCCAGGUUCUUAUUUGUGUGCUUUGGUUGACAAUAUCCCCUCCUUUCCCCUUCAAAAAUCUAAAGCACUAUAAGGAAAAGAUCAUUCUUGAAUGCAAUUUGGGCUCACACUUAGGUUUCUGGGCUGUGCUGGGUUACAUAGGGUUUUUAGCACUUUUAUGUUUUAUUUUAGCUUUUCUGGCUAGGAAGCUUCCAGAUAAUUUUAAUGAAGCUAAAUUCAUCACAUUCAGCAUGCUAAUGUUCUCUGCAGUUUGGAUUACUUUUAUUCCAGCUUAUGUAAGUUCACCUGGAAAAUUUACUGUAGCUGUGGAAAUAUUUGCGAUUUUAGCAUCAAGCUUUGGUUUACUAUUCUGUAUCUUUCUGCCAAAGUGUUACAUAAUCAUCUUGAAACCAGAGAAAAACACUAAAAAGCAAAUCAUGGGAAAGGUGUCGGUUGAAUAA